GAUACUACGCUAGCCAGUUGCCUUGAGACAUAUCUUUUGAAGAACUUUGAUACGAAUCUUUUACGUGCACUUCGAGCUGCAACGAGCAGUACCAAAAUGGCUGACAUCGAUUUAAACGUAGACAGCCUUAUACAAAGGCUUCUUGAAGUAAGAGGAUGUCGCCCAGGAAAGUCCGUGCAGAUGUCCGAAGCAGAAGUGCGCGGACUGUGCUUGAAAUCAAGAGAAAUCUUCCUUCAGCAGCCAAUUUUGUUGGAGCUAGAGGCUCCCCUCAAAAUUUGUGGUGACAUCCACGGGCAGUAUACAGAUCUCCUGCGGCUUUUUGAGUAUGGCGGUUUCCCACCAGAGGCAAACUACUUAUUUCUGGGUGAUUAUGUAGAUCGUGGCAAACAGAGUUUAGAGACUAUAUGUCUUCUGCUUGCAUACAAAAUAAAAUAUCCAGAAAAUUUUUUCCUUCUGCGUGGCAAUCACGAAUGUGCCAGUAUUAACAGGAUAUAUGGUUUCUAUGAUGAAUGUAAACGGCGGUACAACAUCAAACUGUGGAAAACAUUUACAGACUGCUUCAAUUGUUUGCCAAUAGCAGCAAUCAUUGAUGAGAAGAUUUUCUGUUGUCAUGGAGGACUAAGUCCAGAUCUUCAAGGCAUGGAACAGAUUCGCCGUAUAAUGAGACCCACUGAUGUUCCAGACACAGGUCUUCUCUGUGAUCUUCUGUGGUCUGAUCCCGACAAAGAUGUCCAAGGAUGGGGAGAAAACGAUAGAGGAGUGUCAUUCACAUUUGGUGCAGAUGUUGUGAGCAAGUUCCUGAACAGACACGAUCUCGACCUCAUCUGCCGUGCACAUCAGGUUGUGGAGGACGGCUAUGAGUUCUUUGCGAAGAGGCAGCUGGUAACACUGUUUUCUGCACCAAACUAUUGUGGUGAAUUUGACAAUGCUGGUGGGAUGAUGUCAGUUGAUGAAACGCUCAUGUGUUCUUUCCAGAUUUUAAAACCAUCAGAAAAGAAGGCAAAAUACCAGUAUGCAGGAAUGAAUUCUGGGCGACCAGCAACACCCCAUAGGAACCCAGCAAAGAAGAAAUAAAGUGUGACAGGUGCUGAAAAAUCCUGUGUGUGUGAGAGUGGAGAGAACUUGUGUGUUUCUUCUAUUUUCUGGCUACAGCCCUACAAUCUGUGAUGAUAUUUUGCUAUACAAAUUCAAGAUACUGUCACUGUUUGUAGAGAUAAGUUAUAAAGUAUUCUUCAUCCCAGGAAUAUACAUCACAUCUUCAGUCAUUACAUCUCUCAUGUGAUGCAUGCCGUUCCUACUUAUUACUUACUUUUGCUGUGGAACAGAGUAGCCUCGAAUGACAACUGUAAAGUGAAUUCUUUUGCCCAAAGUUGUUUGCUGCCAAAGUGCUGGAGAAACUGCAUGUAUAUUGAAUUAUGUAAAAAAAACCUUUAAAUUCAAAUCUCUACUUAUUCUGUAAAUGGCUGGUACAUUAUUUAUUUAUUUAUUUCUCAGUAUUUCAGUUCAUUAACUGUCUUUUCAGUUUCUUUUCAUUAUAUUCCUGGAGUUCAUUAAUAUAUUUCUUUUCUGUUCGCUGUGGAAUGUUGUAAUGUUUUCAUUAUAAUGACCCUCAAACCAGUUGAUUGUAAUCAUGUUGGAGACUUGAUGUUAAUGUCAGUUAAGUGUGCUUUUCAAACCUCAAAAAGACAUUUACGAGACUGUUUCACAGCUGCUGGUUUGAAGGUUUGCCGUGUUUUUUUUGGCCUUUUUUAAAUCACUCAUUUAGAACAGGCUGUAACUGAUUUUUGGUUGCUUACUGGAGGCACAUGCCAGUUGCCUUAAAAAGGAAAUCAUAUUUUAAUUUCAUACAUCUGCCCUUCUGGCAAAUGUUUCAUAUGUGGGACAGUUACAUAAUACAAGGCACACUUGGUCUGUACCAUAAGCAGAAAUGGAAGGACUUGAAAGAAAGCUUUUUUUUCUCAAAGUAUGCUGAUUUAAAUGUGUUUGUUUCUUUGAUACUCUGAAUUUUUUACUGAAGGGAAAAUGUGCAUAUGCUGCUGUUAAAUAUAUACUGUUUUUGUUAGUGUAAACAUACAGUUUUACAUUCUAAGAGAUGACUUUAAUUUUAAUUGAUGUGUUAACAGAAGUACAAAAAUGUUAUUGCUUACUGGCUGCAAGUAGCUUGUUGCACAUUCUAUUUGAAAAUAAUGAGUACCAAAGAAACAUAUUGAUAUAAAUGCAUUUAAAAGUUUUCUUUUUAAGUGGUGUAUCUUUUAUGCUACAAUAUAUGAUGAUCAUAAGGGAUUUAAGUAAAGUGUAUAGACAGCUUUCUUUCUGGGUUCGAUCAUUUUUUUAUGUAUGUGUGUAUAUACAGUAAGUCUUGAAACAGAUUUUAUUAGUCUGAUUUUUUUUAUGAAGUUGUUUGUGGACUCACGUAAGUCAGCAUAUUUCAUCAGAUAGAUGGAAAAUUGCUUUUGUUAUAAAUGUUGUGAACUUGAAUUAUUAUAAUGCCAGUUGAAUUGAAUCGUAUUUUGGACUUUUGUAGCAUAUGUUGUGCAAAGUCUGUUUAUUAAAAAUAACAGUAUUGAAGAAAGCUGAUCAUACUUUCAUGUUUGUACGCACUGUGAUGUUUUCUCAGUUUAUUUUGCAACAGUUUUCAGUAGUAGAAAAUUUGUUAUGUUCACUGUUUACAGUGCAUUUAUCAACAUCUCUGUGAGAGUUAGUUAGUGGUACCAGAAAGUAUUCCCUAUUUUGAGAGAUGUCUGUGUGUUACCUGUAAUGAACGGGCACUUGUGUUUGUGCUUAUGUAGAAUUCAUUACUAAUGUAUUGGCUUUCAAUUUCUGUAGCUUAUAUUUGUCAUUUGAGAGAAAUAUUUUUCUUUAAAUGUUGUGCAUGGUUCCGUGUAAUUGGUGAUGCAUCAAGUUGCAUUUAUUUUUGUCGGGACACAAAUGUCACUGUAAAAUAAUACAUGUUACAGUUAUUGAAAAGCUUGUUAGAUUUCAUAUUUGUUAAAUUCAGAGCUUUCAUUAUUUCAUUUCCUCAUAUAGUUAGAGAUAUUGGAAACUGCUUUUAAAAUAAUUAUAAUUAAAACUUGUCAAUUAGUAUUAAUGAUGAUCAGAAGUGUUAGCCUUUGUGUUACAAAUAAAGAUUUCAACCAAUGUU